CUCUCUUGUUGCAAGACCGUUUGGUAGUGUCCUCACUGUCCUGCAACUCGUCUUGAUACGCUGUUAAUCCCAAGCGACAGAUAAACUCUGCCUUUUCGGUGUUUGUCUCCAUUAAUGAUCAGAACACAAGGUAUGCAACUAUGAAAGAAAAGAACCCUACUUCUAAACUCAAGCAUAUUUUAGUGAAUUGUGCAGCACAGGCAAAAGAUUAUGGGAGUUGUGUUGCCGCGAAAGUUCCAGAAGUUGAACGAGAUAUGUGUUUAAAAGAAUUUCUUGCAUUAAGGACUUGCAUGCAGAAUGUGCUCAGACGAAAAAUUUAAGAUCCUGUCCAUCUUUCAUAAAUAUCUCGAGGUUUAUACUGAACACUGCAGGCCCAAUUCCAAUGGCUCAGAGAUCUUAAUUUGAGCAUGACAAAAGUGCUAUUGUAGCUUUGAAGCUUGGUAUAGGCUUCCCCACUGUGGUACUUUCUAAGCUCCGCAACAUUUGAGUUAGUUGAAAGGUUUGGAACUAGGAAACAUGUUUGGGAAAGCAUCAAGUUCUCAGCUUAGUGUUGGUUUCAGUGGAUCUGGCGCUUUGUCACAUGUUUAUAUUCAGUCUCCACCUUUAAGAUGCAGCAUUCCUGGAUCAGUAGGUUUAUUUUAUGAUGAUGGGAAUAAGUUACUACUCUCGCCAACAUCUGAUCAGGUUUUCUCAUGGAAAACCGCUCCCUUUGCUCCACAUGUUGCUCCCACCUGUGACUCAAUAAGCGAAGGGCCAGUGUUAUCAAUCCGGUAUUCUCUAGAUGCAAAGAUUUUAGCUAUUCAACGUUCUAAUUAUGAGAUUCUGUUUUGGAAUAGAGAAACCGGAGAUACUUUUAGUCAGGGAUGCAGAUCUGAGUCAGAGAGCAUUCUUGGAUUUUUUUGGACAGACUGCCCAACCUGUGAUAUUAUAUUUGUAAAGACCAGCGGGCUGGACUUGUUUUCUUACAAUUCCAAUCUGAAAUCGCUUCAUUUGGUUGAGACAAAGAGAUUUAAUGUGAGUUGGUAUGUCUACACACAUGAAAGCCGCUUGGUUCUUCUAGCUUCAGGAAUGCAAUGCAAGAGUUUUACUGGAUAUCAGCUUUCAUCUGCAGGAAUUAUUCGCUUGCCAAGGUUUGAGAUGGCAAUGGCUAAAUCUGAGGCGAACAGUAAGCCCGUCCUUGCUGCUGAAGAUGUCCAUAUUGUGACUGUCUAUGGUAGGAUAUACUGCUUGCAAAUCGAUAGGGUUGCAAUGCUACUUCACUCGUAUAGGUUCUACCGCGAUGCUGUUGUACAGCAGGGUUCUUUGCCCAUUUAUUCCAGCAAGAUUGCUGUGAGUGUGGUUGACAAUGUUUUGCUUGUUCAUCAAGUGGAUGCAAAGGUUGUUAUACUGUAUGACAUAUUCGCAGAUUCCCGAGCACCUAUAUCUGCUCCACUUCCUCUAUUGUUGAGAGGUUUUGCUAGGCCCAGUGCUUCGUCUUCGCAGAUGAGCAUAAAAGAUUCCGAGAGUUCAGAAGCAAAAGAUUUGAGUAAAAAUGAAGCAAUUAUUUAUGGUGAUGAUUGGGCUUUUCUUGUUCCAGAUCUUAUAUGCAGUGUUGCUAAUGGAUUGUUGUGGAAAAUACAUUUGGACUCGCAGGCUAUUUCUGCCAGUAGUUCAGAAGUGCCCUCAGUGCUAGAGUUCUUGCAGCGAAGGAAGUUGGAAGCAAAUAAGGCUAAACAAUUGUGCUUGGCAAUAGCUCGCACUAUCAUUCUGGAGCGAAGACCUGUGUCCAUGGUUGCUAGGGCAAUGGAUGUAUUAGUUACCUCAUACUCGUAUUCAAUCAAAACGGGCAGUUAUUUCAAGGGAAUUAAAGCAGAGAAGACUUCACCUUCUGGUGUUCCACCUGUGAAUAAUCCUGGUACUAUUGCUGAUGAAUCCACCAGUAGGGUAGAUGCAUUUGGAAAAUCCAUCGCACAUGAAUCUGCUGGUGGGGACAAUGAAUCUAUUAAUAGGUGUUCUUUUUCGGCUUCAGACUCCGAGGAUAAUGCUAGCUCUGAACAGCAGAAAAGCAACUCACAUGAUGGUCAUUCUUUUGGUGGUAAAACAGAUGGAGAAAACUUGAUGGGAGCUGAAAUACAUCCAUCAGAUUUACGCUCUAAGCUUCUUCGACCAGGUACCAAUCCGUUGAAUGCUAAUGUCUCUGAGCAGCAGGAGUCUCAAGUUGUCUCUGCGGCAAUUUCAUCAGAUGAGAUGCACAGCUUUGUGUUUGCUGUUGUUGACGAAGAGAUGUCAGGAGAUUGUUCCUACUUGGUAGCCAUCAUUGUUGAGUUCCUGCGAAGUGCUAAUCUGGAAAAAGUUAAAGUACAUCCGAAUCUUUAUGUGUUGACCAUACAACUGUUGGCCCGCAACGGGCGAUAUACAGAACUAGGAUUAUUCGUUAUAAACAAGAUUCUUGAACCCUCGAAAGAAGUUGCAUUGCAACUUCUGGAGUCAGGUCGUCAGAAUUUCCAGAUAAGGAAGUUAGGUCUUGAUAUGCUAAGACAACUCACGUUACAUCAUGAUUAUGUUUUGUUACUAGUGCAAGAUGGAUAUUAUAUUGAAGCUUUACGUUAUGCACGAAAAAAUAAGGUCAAUAGUGUCCGACCUUCACUGUUUCUUGAAGCGGCUUAUACUUCUAAGGACUCCCAACAUUUAGCAGCAGUGCUAAGAUUCUUUUCUGAUUUUAUUCCGGGCUUUAAGAACACUACAGAGCACAAUGCAUAUUGCCGAAUUCUUGCCGAGACAAAUUCAUCCAUUUCUGCUUGAGGUGUUCUCUGAGUAGAAGUAAUUAUGCAUCCUCCAAGUGUUACCCCUUGGCUUCUCUGCUGGUUAACGUUUUUGGAUGCUUCCUAGUCGAGAUAAAAAAAUCUGGCAUAUAUUAUAUAUGAGGAGUGUGAAAAUGAACCAGUUAUUCCUGCUGCUUUGUUGCAUCCAUAUUAUAGUAUCAGAUACCCGUAUGUUUGUUUUUGAUGCUGUAAUACCAGUGUUGGGUUUUGAUACAGUGAUGCCACUAUCAGAAGCACAAAGAAAACUUCAGAAUUGGGCUAAACAAUGUUUUUAUUUCUACAGUACGAAAGGUAAUUUACAUAGAGGCUGUUGUUUUGGUU